CGCUUCGAUCAUUUAUCUAACUCAGAAUCUCCGAGUUAACUCACUCUUCUACAAUGGAGAAUCUGAUACAGUUGGUGAACAAAAUCCAGAGAGCGUGCACUGCACUCGGUGAUCACGGCGAGGAAAGCGCCAUGCCUACUCUCUGGGACGCCCUUCCGUCCAUCGCCGUCGUCGGAGGACAGAGCUCUGGAAAAUCUUCAGUGUUAGAGAGUAUUGUCGGAAAGGACUUUCUACCACGUGGAUCUGGAAUUGUUACUCGGCGUCCUCUUGUUUUGCAACUUCACAAGAUUGAUGAAGGAAGAGAAUAUGCUGAAUUUAUGCACCUUCCAAGGAAGAAAUUUACUGAUUUUGCUGCUGUUAGGCAGGAGAUUGCUGACGAGACCGAUAGAGAAACAGGACGCAACAAGGGUAUUUCGUCUGUGCCCAUCCAUCUGAGUAUCUACUCCCCUCAUGUUGUGAAUCUGACGCUGGUUGAUCUUCCGGGACUUACUAAAGUCGCUGUUGAGGGUCAGCCAGAUAGCAUUGUGCAAGACAUUGAAAAUAUGGUUCGGGCUUUUAUUGAAAAGCCGAAUUGCAUCAUCUUGGCAAUAUCUCCUGCCAAUCAAGACCUUGCAACUUCAGAUGCAAUUAAGAUUUCCCGUGAAGUAGAUCCUAAAGGGGAAAGGACAUUCGGUGUUUUGACAAAGAUUGAUCUUAUGGAUAAGGGUACUGAUGCGUCGGAGAUCCUUGAAGGGAAAGCAUAUAAGCUAAACUUCCCUUGGAUUGGUGUUGUUAACCGCUCCCAAGCUGAUAUCAAUAAACAAGUUGAUAUGAUUGCUGCUCGGAAAAGAGAAAACGAGUACUUUGCUAAUACCCCAGAAUAUAGACAUCUUGCUUCCAGAAUGGGCUCUGUGCAUCUAGGAAAGGUGCUGUCGAAGCAUUUGGAAACUGUUAUCAAGUCUCGGAUACCAGGCCUACAGUCACUCAUUAACAAGACUAUCAUUGAAUUGGAGACAGAAUUGAACCGUAUUGGCAAACCUAUUGCUGCUGAUACUGGAGGGAAGCUGUACAUGAUAAUGGAAAUCUGUCGAACUUUUGAUCAGAUAUUUAAAGAUCAUCUUGAUGGCGGACGUCCUGGUGGAGAGAAAAUUUACCAAGUAUUUGAUAAUCAAUUUCCAGCAUCUUUAAAACGGCUGCAGUUUGACAAACAUUUAUCAAUGGACAAUGUGCGGAAACUAAUAACUGAGGCAGAUGGUUAUCAACCUCAUCUCAUAGCUCCAGAGCAAGGAUACCGACGCCUUAUCGAAUCUUGCUUGGUAUUAGUUAGGGGGCCCGCUGAAGCAGCUGUUGAUGCGGUUCACGGAAUUUUGAAGGAUUUGAUUCAUAAAUCUAUGAGUGAGACAAUGGAAUUAAAGCAGUAUCCCACCUUGAAGGUAGAACUCGGAAGUGCAGCUGUUGAUUCGUUGGAGAGGAUGAGAGAAGAAAGUAAGAGAGCAACUCUGCUUUUGGUGGACAUGGAGUAUGGCUAUUUGACUGUCGAAUUUUUCCGUAAACUUCCCCAAGACGCAGAAAAGGGUGGAAAUCCAAGUCAUUCACUUUUCGACAGAUAUAAUGAUGCUUAUCUUCGUCGAAUUGCUACUACUGUCUUGUCCUAUGUGAACAUGGUAUGUGGGACACUGAGGAACACCAUUCCCAAAUCCGUAGUUUAUUGUCAAGUGCGUGAGGCUAAGCGGAGCUUACUGGAUCAUUUCUUUACAGAAUUGGGGAAAAGGGAGGGAAAACAAUUAGCUUCACUUCUAAAUGAGGACCCAGCAAUCAUGCAGCGCCGUACCUCCUUGGCAAAGAGGCUAGAACUAUACAGAAGUGCACAAUCAGAAAUUGAGGCAGUUGCAUGGGAAAGGUAGAAACCACCCUUCAUUCCUUCCCUUGCUUAUUUUUUCUCAUGUAAUUCAAUUCUAUUCCUUUAUUUCUUCCUCUCAUUAAUGAAUUAAUCAUAAUGAUAUUAAAUGUUCCACUUCAACUAAACAUACCUUUCACAUUCAUCUCAAUGUCUCCCAUCAAAUACAAACGUAUA